CGAGCCCAAUAAUACAUAAACCGAUCACGUGUACGUAUAUGUAACCGAUCUAAAGCCUAGGGUUUCUACUUCUCCUUCCGCGCUUCACCUCUUUCGUCGUCAUCCUCGGCGGCGCCUCUCCUCGAUCCAAAUCCAAUCCAAUCCAACUCAUCACCAUGAUCAUUCCGAAGAAGAACCGCCAUGAGAUUUGCAAGUACCUCUUCCAAGAGGGGGUGUUGUACGCGAAGAAGGACUACAACCUCGCGAAGCACCCGCUGAUCGACGUGCCGAACCUGCACGUGAUCAAGCUGAUGCAGAGCUUCAAGUCGAAGGAGUACGUGAGGGAGACCUUCGCGUGGCAACACUACUACUGGUACCUCACCAACGAUGGUAUCGAGUACCUGCGCACUUACCUCAAUCUCCCCUCCGAGAUCGUCCCUGCGACGCUUAAGAAAUCGGCGAAGCCCCCCUCCCGCCCCUUCGGAUCCGGUCCCCCUGGUGAUCGCCCGAGGGGUCCUCCCCGUUUUGAAGGGGAUAGGCCGAGGUUUGGAGAGAGAGACGGGUACCGUGGAGGUCCUCGUGGGGCUCCUGGUGAUUUUGGCGGCGACAAGAGUGGCGCUCCUCCUGAGUUCCAGCCAUCAUUUAGGGGUUCUGGUGCGAGGCCCGGGUUUGGCCGCGGCUCAGGCAGUUUUGGUGCUGGUCCUGCAUCAUCCUCCAUGGAGUAAACACUUUGGUGUUCCCACUGCUGCCCCGCAGGCUUAUUUAAGAGAAAAAAAGAAACUCUUUAUCAACAUUUGUAGUUUUUCUCCUUCAUUGUGAUGAGAUUUUUGCUUUUGCUUUGAGGAACUAGUUACUCUGUGAACAUGGUGCUUCAGUUUUCUAUAAUCUAGGCAAUGUUUUGAAUUCUCUGGAUCUGAGUGCCGACGAACUCUUUGCGAAUUGUGUACUUGGUUUAUAAAUUUGAGCAUUUGACUUCCCGAA